AUGGUGGUGGCUAACCAACCGGACAUAGUGGUGGUAGACAAACAGAAGAAGAGGGCCGUAGUGAUAUAUGUAGCGGUUCCCAAUGACAGCAACAUCGGAAAGAAGGAACACGAGAAGCUGGAGAAAUAUCAAGGACUCAGUGAAGAGCUCGAAAAAAUGUGGAGGGUGAAGAACAACAAGCCCUCAUGCCUGAAUGACUACUGGCCAGUUGCACUGACCUCGGUGGUUAUGAAGGUGUUCGAGAGGCUGUUGAAGAAAAUAAUCUCCUCCUCCAUCCCAAACACCACAGAUCCGCUCCAGUUCGCCUACCGACCCAACAGAUCCACAGAGGAUGCCAUUGCCCAUGUCCUGCACACAACCCUCAGCCACGUGGACAAGAAACAGGACUUCCUCACCUACAUGGAUGAAGUGAAGAAUCUGGCAUUGUGGUGCCAGGACAACCACCUGCAGGUGAACGUCGGCAAGACCAAGGAGCUGAUGGUUGCAGUGGUGGAUGGUUGGUGGAUGGCCACCAUGUCCCAACAAGGCUGCGUCGUCAGCGAGGAAGUGGUGGAGUCUUGUUUUGAGCCGGAAUCAUGGGGAGAGAGCUGGUCGGUCACUUUAGGGUCCCUGAAGAAAGAGGAGAACUGUGCCUUCUGUAACACAACCAUCUUCAUGCAAGACAAUGCACCAUCUCAUGCUACAAGGAAUACCUCUGCAUCAUUGGCUGCUAUCGGCGUAAAAGGAGAGGAACUCAUGGUGUGGUCCCCAUUCUUCCCUGACUUCACUCCUAUUGAGAACCUUUGGAGCAUCCUCAAGCAAAAAAAUAUGAGGUUUCUGUCUCCCUGCAGGCAGCUCCACACUCCCAGUAACAUCCUCCUCCUCUCUCUGGCUGUCUCUGACUUUUUUGUCUGUUUUUUGUUGAUGCCGGUAGAAAUCUUCAGAAGCACGGCCUGCUGGGUAUUUGGUGAUCUUAUGUGUUCACUUUACAUUUAUCUGAGCAGCCUUUUUAUCAAUGCUUCAUUUGAAAUUAUUGUUCUUAUAUCAGUUGACCGCUAUGUGGCUAUUUGUAAACCUCUGCAUUACCCCACCAGAAUUACUGUGACAAGAGUCAAACUCAGUGUUUGUCUGUGUUGGUUUUAUGCUAUUUUUUACUGCAGUCUUUACACAAAGCAUGUCCUGAUAAAACCAGGCAGGUAUGGUUCCUGCUAUGGAGAGUGUGUAUUUGUUAUUGAUGAUAUAACUGGAACUGUUGACCUUGUUUUAUCUUUUAUAGUUCCAGUUACGAUCAUUAUAGUUCUGUAUACAAGAGUGUUUGUGGUGGCUGUGUCUCAGGCUCAUGCCAUGCGCUCUCAUGUCACAGCAGUCACACUACAGCGUUCACUGAAUCAAGCAAACAAAUCUGAGCUAAAAGCAGCCAGGAACCUUGGGAUUCUGGUAGUUGUGUUUCUGUCAUGCUACUGUCCAUAUUAUUGCUACUCUCUCGUUGAUGAAAAUGCUGUCAAUGAUCCAGCUGCAUCUUUUGUGGUCUUUAUCUUUUAUUUUAACUCUUGUAUAAACCCUUUGAUGUAUGCCCUGUUUUACCCCUGGUUUAGAAAUGCUGUUAAACUUAUUAUCACGCUGCAGAUAUUCAAGCAUAACACCUGUGAGGCCAACAUAAUAUAA